AUGCGGGAGGCCGAACUUAACCUGCUUAUCGGUGUCCUGGAGAACCCGAAAUUAGUAUACAGUUACACUAGACAGAGCAUGCGAAACAAGGAUCCAACCGCCCUGCUAUGGACUGCUGAGGGCGAAAACCUCACUGAAGAUACUAAAGCUAAUCAGGCUUCAGAAUUUCUUAAGUCUCUCCUCGCUAGGAGAGUUGGAUUCAAAUCUCAUGAGAGUGAUUUCUUAGAAGCCACAAUAAUCGAGACCAUUCAGUGCACCGAAACGAUUAUUCUAAAGAAGCUGCUGGAGUUAAUGGAACCGGGUCCCGUUAGAGUACCGGAGAAGGCUUUAAAGGAACUCGCAGAGGAGUUGGCAAAAUCACCCUCUAAGCUUUUCCUUACAUCCACUAAGGUCGAAUAG